UUCGGAUCGGACUGAUAAAAAUCGAAGCUCUUGGAAGGAAAAGACUUUAUUCACCACGUUCUUGUUUGUAUGUUUUCAAUCCAAAGCAAGGAGUAAAAUGCAAUUUUUCGCUUGAAGUGAUCUCGAGUAUUUCUAAUCGGUCAUUUGCGUACCCUCGGUGGGCGGAAAUACACGUACUCUCUUAUACAAAGACUUCAAUCAUGAUUCGCUUCAUUUUGAUCCAAAACAGAGCAGGGAAAACAAGGCUGGCCAAAUGGUACAUGAACUUUGAUGAUGAUGAAAAACAAAAACUGAUCGAGGAAGUCCAUGCUGUGGUAACCGUUCGAGAUGCCAAACACACCAACUUUGUUGAAUUCCGAAAUUUUAAGAUUGUCUACAGGCGGUAUGCUGGUCUCUACUUUUGCAUUUGUGUAGAUGUCAACGACAAUAACUUAUGCUAUCUGGAGGCCAUACACAACUUUGUGGAGGUCCUGAACGAGUAUUUCCACAACGUCUGUGAAUUGGAUCUAGUUUUCAACUUUUAUCGAGUUUACACAGUAGUCGACGAAAUGUUUUUAGCGGGAGAGAUCAGAGAAACAAGCCAAACCAAAGUUCUGAAACAACUUCUAAUGUUGAACUCCUUGGAGUAAUUGUUGAAAAGUAUUUACGCAAAUCAAAGCCAAUCGACCAAGAGAAACAACCCGAAUUAUAUUCAAUACUGUUCUGCAUGAAAUUUUUUAGGCAUGUGAUUAUUUUACCAUUAUUUACUGAUUGCCAAGUUAUCCUCAUUCUCCAAAGAUGUAUUGUUUACUUUAAUGUGCUUGAGGCAUCUCCCAGUGUUUAGCUGUGUUAUUUUACAGCAGAUAUGUUUUUCUUAUCUAUAUUGCAUUCAAAAAUUUCGGAGUUUUGCCAUGACUUGCUGUGAAAUUGUAUCGAUCAGACAUUCUUGUGUCCUCAGUUAACAUCAUUUAAGCAGACUUUUUCGGAAGGAAACCAAGUUCAUUGGUUGUUGUCAACUUUCAUUGAAGAAUUUAUUUUUUACAAGAAAAUGGUCCUGCUGAUUCUUUUGAAAAUUUUAGAGUAUUUCCUUUAUGCCAUAGAGCCAGUUACCGGAAAAUUUUUCACCUGAACUGGUUCAACUAUUUGCUUGUUAAAAAAAUAGUCUAAUGAAACUUGGCAACAGAUAAUUUUAUGUGAUUCCCUUCCAAAAAACAAUGCCAAUUUAUGAUGAGGCAUCAAUGAAUUGCCCUUUAAAAUACUCCGUAUUAUAUCUGGACUUAACUCCUUGCCGUGUCCACCAUUUUAAGAAUCUCUUCAUUUCAAGUAUCAAGAAAUUUUAUUGUUAGCCAACAUCAAAUUAAAAUGUAUACUUUUUAUGGAAAUAUUGAUGUUGAGUAUUGUAUAUUUGUGUAAAUAUUGUUACUAUUUAAUGUAAUCUACUGUGUAGAAUUGUAUAUGUGUUUGAGAAAAAACCUAGUUUCUCAUCAAGCACUGGAAUUAGAUAUUCCUUAAGCAGAUAUUAGAAAUACACACCGUACACAAAAAUUUGAUAUAUUGAUAUUUUCUCAACAUUUUUAUCAUUUCUCCCAGAAACAUCAAGAUUCAAUCUAAAAUUUUAUUAUGAAAGUGGUUUUCUGAAGCUGAAAUUUCUUCCUAAAAAUUUCAGAGCGAGGCUGUCUGUUAGCUUUGCUGAUUUUUAAAUGUUUAUUUUGUAAAAGUUUCAUUUAAGAACUGCCAUAUCAAUGGUGAAACUGCAGAAAUGCGUUUCUCGGUUCGUGGCGUUGCAGCUCCUGCCAUACCUAACUUUCUACAAAGAAAACUAUUAAACGCCAUUUUCUCAAAACUUCAGUGAUUUUUCUAAUCUAUCUAAAGAAUAUUGUGUAAAAAUUUCAAGCAGUGAUGUUGGUUCUGUUUUUUUUUUUUAAAAAAAAGAUAAAAAUGAACAUGGCAACCGAGAUACAUAUUUUUACAGUUUCACAGUCAUAUGAAUUUUUUGCUUGGAAAUUGCUGUAUCAAGCAAGUGUAAGGUGAGUUGUCUUGAGAUUAGGAACCAGUAAAAGUAGCAUUCGAUAUUUCUAUCUUAUCAGUUGGAUAAAUAGUCUGAGCAAACCGCGAAUUUAUGGUAUCUGACCUCAGAAAAAAUUAUUUGAACUGCUUGCUACUCUAAAAAAUUAUGAUUUCUACUCCGGUUUUUACAAUCUGUGCACUUAAAAUAUUGGCUGAUUGAUCAACAAACUUACGCAUUUAACUCUUUACUGAUCAAAAAUUCAGCUUCUUUUUAGAUGUUAACACUUUACACUUUUUUUCUUUACACAUUCGCCUCAGAAAUGUACGUGCAAAUUUGGUUUUUUCAAUGAUCUUUAAUGCGUCAUCUACGAUACAAGAAUAAACUCAAGCCCAUUCCCUAUAAAAGCUAACCCAAAUUGAAAUAGGCUAGCUUUCAAAACAAUUGUGUAAUGUCUAAAAAAAAAAAAAAA